CCUGCUCGGCCGCCCCCUCCCGGGAUGUACCUCUCGCACGUCGUGGCUGGCGGCCUCCUCGUCGCCCUGCUGGCCCUGGAGGCGCAGCCGGCCCCCCAGCACCCGUCCAAGGCUUCUCCCCGGCAGGGCCCCUCGGGGAGCGCGGCGGCGCUGGGCCGCGAACUGGCGGAGCUGCUGGCCGCGUCGUCGGGGCCGGCGGCGGGGCGCGGCGGCAAGGCGGGCGCCUCGCCGCCGCGGGGCAAAGGCGGCGCUUCCUCGCGGCUGCUGCGCGACCUGCGCACCGACACCAAGCAGGCGCGGGGGGGCUGGCCGCGCCUCGCCCACCCCGAGCACCACGCCGGCGGAGGAGGAGGAGGAGGAGGAGGAGGAGGAGGAGGGUCGCGGCGCCUGAAGGGCUUCCCCAAGAAGGGGCUCCCCAAGGGCUGCUUCGGCCUCAAGCUGGACCGCAUCGGCGCCAUGAGCGGCCUGGGAUGCUGA